CCGGUCUGAUGUAGCGUCGACUAGUUUCCCUUAGCGUUCUAUUACCCCAAGUAGUAAAAAUCAUUUUUACACGAAACUCCUGUAGAGAUAAUUUAAAAUUUUCUAUCUCAUAUAAAUAGUUAAACCCUUAGAGAUGUGAAAAAUAAUUUGACGUGUCAAAAUAAAAAUUAGUUUUGUUGAAAAAAUGAUUUAAAAAAUGUAAACAAAAGUGUAGUGAAUUACAGAGAGAAUUUUAGCUGCAAAAAAAAAACGUUGACAGCAUCAUAAAUUUAUUUCUACUGACGAGAAAGAAAAAUUGUAAUUUGUAAAAUAAUCAUUUUCUUAUUAUCUUGUUGACAAAAUAGAUGUAACUAAUGAUGUUUAUUUUUAAAAUAUUCACUAACUGACUCAGCAACUUGUAAUAAAUUUAUUUUUAAAUUUGCAUCGUGUAAUGGUGUAAGAAAAGAAUAAAAUAACAUUUCUAAUGUGUAAUAAAUGAUCAUUCGCAAGUGUACCAAAUUAUUCUUAUUGGCGAAAACGAUAAAAGACGACAUAAAAACAUUAGGGAUAAAUUGUAUGAUUAAUUCAAAAGCCCUUCACCUAAUGAAGAGACCAUAAAACAGUAACAGUGUAGACGGUUAUGUGUGUGACAUUGAACAAUUUGGAACUGUUAAUUUGAAGAGAAUUGAGCCAUUACAAUGGAUAGUCGUUUAAGCAGCGAGGAAAAGCCGAGUGUUGAUGACACAAAGGAAGGUGAGAAUGAAGAGAGAAAUCUGGGUCGUGAGGAGAAGAGCACGGAUGAAUUGCAGCAAAUAGACACGCGAUCUAAUAGGAAUUUGGAUGCAACAUUACCACUAACUGUAACUGAUCCUGUGUCCAACAACCAAAGGGUAUUCAUGAAAUCUCUGCCUAACAAAAAAAUGACUCUUUAUCUUGUUAACCGAGAUCUUAUAGCAUACGAAAACAGAAUUGAUAAUCUCAUAGGAGUGCUGCUGGUAGACCCGGAUUAUGUUGAAAAUAAGCGAGUGUACGCACAAGUCACGAUGACCUUCCGGUAUGGACGAGAGGAUGAGGAGGUAAUGGGGAUAAAUUUUUGUGCUGAACGGAUCAUCGGUUUGGCCCAACUCUAUCCACCAUACAUGGGAGCUGAUCACCAACAACCAACACCUGUACAGGAGGCUCUCAUCAGACGACUGGGUUCCAAUGCUCAUGCGUUUACCAUAGCAAUUACUCGAGUAGUACCACCUUCUGUUCGUCUUCUUCCAGCUAAAGAGUACAAUGGUGCUCCGAUUGGCACGAGCUAUGAUGUAAAAGCUUAUGUGGCGGAGAGAUUUGAUGAAAAACUCCACCGUAAUACGACAGUGAGAAUGGGGAUAAGGGUUGUUCAGCGGACAAAUUCACCAGCUGUGCCCAUGAGUAAUCUUUACUCAGUUUCCCCAACGAUUCAGCACGAACGUAAUCCACAAAGUGAGAAUGAAAUUGUUGAGACUAAAGAACCUCAAGUACCUCAUGCAGUUGUUCAGAAAGAAUUUUUACUCAAUGGAGGCUCCAUUCGACUAGAAGCACAUCUUGAUCGUGCUAAUUAUGCACAUGGAGAUACAAUUCAGGUCCAUGUUAGCAUCUCCAAUGACAGUCAUAAAUCUGUGAGGAGAAUCCAGGUCUUGGUACUUCAGCAUGUAGAUGUAUGUAUGUUCAGCAGUGGCAAAUUUAAAAAUGUUGUCGCAAAGGAAACAGAAAAGGAAAAUUGUCCUCUUGGGCCAGGAUCUAAUUUUACGAAAACGUAUAAUGUCAAACCGACUAUGACCUCAACGAAAAAUUGGAUUGCUAUUGAAGAUAACUAUACCAAGGCUGGAACAACUCUUGCUAGCUCAGUUAUAUGUCCACAACCUAGAACUAAACAAGGGGGUGACGAUAAAGAUGAAGAUAGCGAAGAAGAGAAGGAAAGACAUGCAUUUGAUAUCAACAUAUCUUACUACGUCAAGGUUAAACUUCAGAUUUCACGAAUAUGUGGAGUAGUAUCACUUAAAUUACCGUUUAAUCUAUGGCACCGAAGUACCGAGCCCGAUUUAACAGGAUUCCCGUCACCGAUUCGAAACAUACCAACAACAAAUGCAAACACUGAACGUGAAGAAGAUAAAUUGCAUACAUGUCUGGCAGUUAUGGAGACAUUUCAAUGUGAUGGAAAAGUAAAUUCUGAGUUAGUACAAACUAAUCAAAAAGCUGAUGUGAACCUAAUAGAAAAUCGCGAACCAAAAGGGAGUACCUGAGAACAAGAUCGGGCUUACGGUAAUAUACCAUGGCCCCAUGAUAAUAAUAGAAAUAAAUUGAUAAAUACAUUCAAACAUUCUGAUCAUAGAAGUUGUAUAAAAAAUUUCAAUAUCCAAAGAGCUUUUUGCUGCUUCCGCAGGGCUUCUUAGUAUAUCAAGAUAUAAACAUAGUAAAAAAAAGAAAUAUUUUUAAAAAAUCCGAAUGUGCAUUGAAAAUAAUUAUUGACCAUCGUGAUUUUUUUCUUAAUUAAAUAUGGAAUUUUUCAAAUUUAUAUCAU